AUGCUUGUGAUUGAUGUCAUACUCUCAGGUAGAAGAAAUUCAUCGAUUGAGAAAGAACACUGUAUGAAUCCUAAGAUCUGUAAGUACUGGAUUCAACGUUACAAUCUCUUCUCAAAAUACGACCAAGGAAUCGAAAUUGACGAAGAAGGAUGGUACUCUGUGACUCCUGAAGAAAUCGCAAUCAAACAAGCUGAGAGAUGUCGUGGGAAAAUGGUGAUUGAUUGUUUCUCUGGCGUUGGUGGUAACACUAUCCAAUUUGCUAAAGUAUGUUCUUCUGUUGUUGCUAUUGAGAUUGAUCCAGUGAAAGUCGAAUUUGCAAUGAACAAUGCAAUGGUUUAUGGAGUUGCUAAUCGUGUCGAUUUUAUCGUUGGUGAUUUUAUUCAAUUAGCUCCAUCUCUUAAAGGAGACGUAUUGUUUCUUUCGCCACCGUGGGGUGGACCGAUGUAUAACAAAGUCGAGAGUUACAAGAUGGAUAUGCUCAAACCGAGAGACGGGUACUCAUUGUUUAAGAUUGCUCAAUCCAUUACGCCUAACAUCAUAAUGUUUCUACCGCGAAAUGUUGAUUUAGCGCAAGUGGAAGAACUCGCUUGGCUCUCGUCGCCUCCUCUUACUCUUGAGAUAGAAGAAAGUUGUGUUGGAGGGAGAAUGAAAGCCAUAACAGCUUAUUUUAGUUGA